UUGAUUAUAUCACAAGUUGCAUAUUUUGGUUAGCUAAUUAUCAGUAUUGCCUAGUCCACAUGGAGGGAGCAAACUCUUCUCCUGUUCAAAACCUGCCCCCAACCAAUGGAAAUCUAAUAACUAUUCUUAGCAUUGAUGGAGGUGGUAUCAGAGGCAUCAUUCCUGCUGCUAUUCUUGAUUUCCUUGAAUCCCAACUUCAGGAGCUGGAUGGUGAAGAUGCAAGAAUUGCUGAUUAUUUUGAUGUUAUUGCGGGAACCAGUACUGGAGGUCUCAUAACAGCUAUGUUAACUGCACCAAAUGAAAAGAAUCGUCCUCUUUAUGCUGCAAAAGAAAUCAAGCCAUUUUAUUUGGAGAAUGGCCCCAAAAUAUUCCCACAAAAGAGUGGCAUACUGGGGUUGAUCAAACCCGUGCUGAAUUUUAUCCCAGGUCCCUUGUAUGAUGGGAAAUACAUUCACAAAAUUCUCAAGGAAAAGUUAGGGCAAACUCGGUUACGCCAAACGUUGACCAAUGUUGUUAUUCCAACAUUUGAUGUCAAGUAUUUACAGCCAACCAUAUUUUCCACAUAUGAGGUGAAAGCUUCCCCAUUGCUGGAUGCUCUGUUAUCUGACAUAUGCAUUAGCACGUCUGCAGCUCCAACCUAUUUUCCUGCUCAUUACUUCACAAAUCAGGAUGACAAAGGAAAUGUUUGGGAGUUCAACCUCACUGAUGGUGGUGUAGCUGCAAAUAAUCCGACCAUACUGGCCAUGAGCCAGGUAACCAAACAAAUGGUUAAAAAUGAUCCAGAUUUCUCCCAAAUGAAGCCAAUGGAUUAUGCUAGCUUUCUAGUGAUCUCAAUUGGCACAGGAUCAGCAAAGAAAGAAAAGAAAUUCAGUGCUGAAAUGGUGAACAAAUGGAACCCUUUGGGUUGGGUGCUUAACGGGACUGUGCCACCAUUAGUAGAGAUGUUUGCCCAAGCAAGUGGAGAUAUGGUGGAUUAUCAAAUAUCUGUGAUUUUCCAAGCUCUUCAUUCUGAAGCCAACUAUCUUCGUAUUCAAGAUGACACAUUAACGGGACAAAGCGCCUCAGUUGAUGUGGCGACAAAAGAAAACAUGGAAAAGCUUGGGGAAAUUGGUUCAAAUUUGCUAAAAAACCCAGUUUCAAGAGUGAAUUUGCUCACAGGAGCAGUUGAGCAAGUGGAGAAUGGUGGUACUAACGAGGAGGCUUUGAAAAGGUUCGCAAAAUUGCUCUCGGAUGAAAGGAGACUCCGAAGGUCAAAAUCUCAAACCACAAAUUAAUACAGGGGCAAACUCGUAAUUGUUAAUUUUCUUUUUCUUACCUUCCUUCCUUGCACUCUUUUCGCCCCACCUGUUCUGAUAUCGAAGAGAACUUUAAAAACCUUCCUUAGCCACCGAACCAACUUCAAUGGUCUUGUAACCACCAAUUUGUUACUUCUUUCUUGUACUUAAUUAUCUGAGCAUAAGCUGUGCAUUUUAUCCAGCAUAUGGUGGACGUUGUUAUUUCUUGAAACUUUAUACAAAAUAGAUUUGGUCGACCUUACAUUCCUAAUGA